AUGCGCGUUAAUGGCCCCAGAGGGCAAAGUUCAUCUGAUCAACAACACCAUCAUUUAUUAUUGGGAAAUGGUACAGGUACAACCACAAAUAGCAGUACGAGUAAUGGAACCAAUCAAAAUGGUUCAAAUAUCGUCGGAAACUUAGAUAACCACCUUGGAUCAGCAGCAACCACCACGUUUCCAUAUGAUACAUCAAGUUCAUUAGAUUAUCCACGCUUUAGUGGUUUUGAUCGUCUCGAUUUGAAAAAUUUUACAUCUACCACAUCAUCAUCGCCGGCUAAAUCAAAUCUUCAUCCUUAUUCAAAUUUUACCAUGAUGCAAGCAGCAAUGCAACAUCACAACGCUGCAUCAGUAUCCGCAUCAUCUACACAUAAUGGACAAUUUACAAGUGACUAUUUAACAUCGGUACCAAAUGGUAGUUGGAAAAUGCAAGAUGCAGCAGCCGCUCUAGGAAUGCAAUCACCCAUGCAUCAUCAUCAUCAAUUAUCAUCACAUUUCAGUGCCAUGACAGCUAAUCCAAUGUUAUACUAUAAUUGGAUGAGACCAGGUAGUGGUCCGGAGUUUAAUUUUGAACAUAAACGUACUCGUCAAACCUAUACUCGACAUCAAACAUUGGAAUUAGAAAAAGAAUUUCAUUAUACUAAUAGAUAUUUAACACGACGUCGACGAAUAGAAAUUGCACAUCAAUUAAAUCUAACUGAAAGACAAAUUAAAAUUUGGUUUCAGAAUCGCCGUAUGAAGUGGAAAAAAGAAAAUAAUUUUAAAUCGUUAAACGAUCCAAAUGUUAAAUUAGAAGCGUCCAACAAUUCACAUCAUUCAUUGUCUGAUUCAUCGAGUUAUCAUCAAAUAAAAAAGGAGCAUACACAACAAAUUGAUUCAAACACACAUCAUCAUCAUGACAAAACGAAUCAAACUUAA